UUGGCGCUUGAUUUUGUAUUUAACAGUUUUACAGUUUAGCGUUUUUGUUUUUGUGUAUAGGAAUUUGUUAAUUGUGUUAACUAAAGUGAUAAUUUGCUAAUGAAUAUUGUUUCGUGCUGUGCGUCUAUUGCUUUGUGUUUGAUUUUUGCAUAGUUUUUUUUUUGUUUGUCGUUUGUUUGCCAAAGAGACAAGAUGAGCGCCUUUCAGAUUACCGUCACCCCGCGAACAAAACAAAGGAAGCGAAUGGAGGGCCGCGAACCGACUGAAGUGGUCAUGGCGCCUUUUUCGGCCAAGUCGAUUGUCCAAUUUGAAGAUGUUCCCAUAACCAAGACGGCAAGGCGAAUUUUGCGUAUCAUCAAUACUUCAGAGGAAGCAAUUGAGGUCAAAGUCAGCAAGGCCAUUAAAGAGGAACAUAAUGUUACCAUGGAGUGGCUGGAGCAUACGGUGCCGGCACUCGAAGAGGUGUCCAUGGAACUGGUUUGGAGUCCACAAGUCGAAACAGCUUGCAAAGAAACAAUACAGCUUCUUGACAAUCGCAAUUUUCGCAAAGAUAUUAUGGUUAUACUCAAGUCUAUUAACAAUCAGCCAGCAAAAAACACGCGCAAGUUUCCCACAGUGGGUAAGACACUGCAGCUGAAAUCUCCUACAGGCAAUAUUGCAAAAAUCGGCAAAGUGGCCGCAGCUGCAGGGCAGCCAAAAAAGCGUCUCUCAAGUGGAGUCGCUGCAUCAGCAAAACCACAAUGGCGUGCAUCCAGUGCUUGCUCACGUCCCCGGACAGCACCAGUGACAGAGGCUAAGACUGCUCCGGAAUUUGCACCACUGUGCGAUUUUAAUUUGAUAAAACCGAUAGAAGAGGCAUGCUACAUAUCACCAAAGUCUCAUCAAGGAGACUCAAAAGAGAAUGUUAGUCCUAUGACGCCCGCACAUGUGCUUAAUAUGAUUGACAAACUGAAAUUCACACCACUCAAUGAUACAAAUGGCCCAGGAUCAAUAGCUAAGGUAAUGCCAGAUAACCUAGCUGCCUGGCCAACACCGAUUCUCCAGAGCCACGAACAGUUGACUAUAUCAAUCACAGAAAUGAAACCACGUCGCUUAACUAGCCUCGAGCUUGAAGAUCAGCCCAUUAACAAUACAACUUUUGAUGUGAAGCAUUCAGAGACCAUAAAUCUCUCUGUAGACACAGCAGACUCUUCACAUUCCGAACUAAUGCAACUGCAGACACCCACGAGAGCCAUGAUGAACAGAACUACCACCAUAGUACAUGCCACGCAGCAAAGAGUGCUUGAAUGCAUACGAGAAGAAGAAACUUUUGCUGAAAAGAGUCCAGUGAAAAGUCGCCCGCAAGAUCUGAAGCGUGACAUCAAAUUAAUUGGCUCACCGCUGCGAAAGUACUCCGAAUCCAUGAAGGACUUAUCCUUGGUCUCAUCACAGACUAAAUUUGCCAUACAGGGUUCAAUGCCGAAUCUUAAUGAAAUGCAACAGAUACGUUCCAUAGAACAGAAUCGCUACUAUCAGGAGCAACAAGUGCAGCUCAAGGCGCAGAAGACAACUAAAAAACAGGAUUUGGAUGCAUCUACCAGCAGUGAAGUCAGCUUUGUAGGUGGCCAGCAGGAUUUGCAUUUUAAUCAUAAUGAGAUCCUGGCCCAAUCGAGUCGUUUCAAUCUCCAUGAAAUUGGACGAAAAGCCAAGGCAAAUGCACAAAAGCGUCGCUCCGAUGAGUUGAGCUUCUCCGACUCUUAUAGCAAUGAAUCGUUGCAUGGCGUAGCAACCAUUGGCACAGUGAUUACACCACCCAAGAAAUUAAGAGUAGACGAGAGGAUUAGGAAUGCCGCCAUACCAGCUAAUGCCUCGGCCGUAAGCACAAAAUCGUGGACUCCUACUCAACCCAAAAAGUAUAAGCUAGCUCAGACAUUAUCGUUAAUGAAAAAACCUCAAACACCGAGAAAGGUGAAAUCACCCAUCAAACUCUACGAUUCCGAGUUGCAUAUGCAAACAUACAUAAAUCCUGAUCCAUUUGCAGCGACAACCACAACCGAUCCGUUUAUGGCCUCAACCAUGUAUCUGGACGAGAAGGCUGUGGAGCGACAUGAGAUUGAUUUUAAAAAAUGGCUCAAUGCCUUGGUCUCAAUUCCCGCUGAUCUGGAUGGUGAUACGAAUAGUAAAAUCGAUGUGGGCAAAUUGUUUAAUGAGGUGCGCAACAAGGAGUUGGUCGUGGCCCCCACCAAGGAACAACAGUCUGUGAAUUAUCUAACCACAUUCCGCCUGGAGACACUACGUCGUGCGGCAGUGGAAUUAUUUUUUAGCAAAGAAAUGUGUCAACCUUGCUCCCAAGUUGCCGUCUAUAUCGGUAAGCGAUCUCUGCGCAUUCGAAGUGAUCGUAAUCUGCACUUGGAUGUCGUGAUGCAGCGUACCAUAUUGGAAUUAUUGCUUUGUUUCAAUCCGGUGUGGUUGCGUUUGGGUCUCGAGGUCGUUUUCGGUGAGAAAAUUCAAAUGCAAUCGAAUCGUGAUAUGGUCAGCCUGAGUAGCUUCAUUCUAAAUCGUCUAUUCCGCAAUAAGCUGGAGGAGCGGAAGUACAGUAAAGCCUAUACACUAACCGAGGAGUAUGCAGAGACAAUUAAACGGCAUACACUCCAGAAAAUGCUCUUCCUAUUGCUCUUUCUCGAUCAGGCCAAGGAGAAACGCAUUGUCAUGCAUAAUCCGUGUCUGUUUGUCAAGAAAUCUCCACACAAGGAGACCAAAGAUAUUCUUUUACGCUUUGCCUCCGAGCUGCUGGCCAAUAUUGGUGAUAUUACAAGAGAAUUGCGUCGUUUGGGCUAUGUGCUUCAGCAUAAGCAAACGUUCCUGGACGAAUUUAACUAUGCAUUUACCAACAUUGCCAUCGAUUUGCGUGAUGGUGUGCGUCUAACCCGUGUCAUGGAGAUUAUCCUUUUGCGCGAUGAUUUGACCCGCCAACUAAGAGUUCCAGCCAUAUCUAGGCUCCAGCGAGUUUACAACGUUAAACUGGCUCUGGGAGCUUUAAGUUCGGCUGAUUUUCAGCUUGGCGGAGAUAUCUCCGCUCCGGAUAUUGUGGAUGGACAUCGCGAGAAGACUCUGUCAUUGCUUUGGCAAAUUAUCUACAAGUUUCGAUCGCCUAAAUUUCAUGCUGCUGCUCGUAUUAUUCAGCUGUGGUGGCGACGCCGUUGGCUUUAUGUCAUUAUACAGCGUCGCAUACGUGAGAAGGAGCUAAGGCGUCGUCAUGUGGCUGCCACUCGGAUUCAGGCCGUUUUUCGUGGCUAUCAGACGCGUAAGUCUACCAAAAUCUACAGAGAGGAACGUAUCCAGGCGGCUAUAAUUCUACAGAAGUGCACGCGUCGUUAUUUGGCACAAAAGCAAUUGUAUAUGAAAUAUCGCAGCAUUGUCCACAUACAGACCUGGUGGAGAGCCCAGAGAUUGGGACGUAUUCAACGCAAACGGUUUCUGGAGCAACGUCAAGCAGCUAUAUUCAUACAGCGCAUUUGGAGACGUCGUCUGUUUGCCAAUAAAUUGCUAGAUGCGGCUGCCACAUUGCGUUUGCAAUAUUCUCAAAAGAUUCAGGCAGCUGCUGCUCAUAUACAAACCACUUGGCGCAACUAUUGUCUGAUGAAGAUCCAGCGUCAGUCUUAUUUGAAGCAAAGGAAACUCAUCAUUUAUGUGCAACAGCGUGUGCGUGCCACUUGGCUAAUGCGUGAGCAGAGGAAAGAGUUUCUUCAACUGCAACAAUCUGCGCUCUGUAUACAACAACAUUGGCGCUCCAAUAUAUUGAUGAGAAAGGAGAGAUCUCGCUAUCAAUUAAUCCGUUCGAGUGCUCUAAAAUUGCAGCAACAUUGGCGAGGAUUUGUUCUUAAGCGAUCUCUACGUAAAGACUUUUUGAUUAUCAAACAAAGCACAAUUACUAUACAACAGCAUUGGAGAGCCACCAUAAAGAUGAGGCGGCAAAGGGAAGACUUCCUCAAGCUGCGCCAGAGUAGUAUACAAAUUCAAAGAUUCUAUCGUGGACGUUUGGAAAUGUUGAGACUAAGAAUUGACUUUCUCAAGACCCGUCAAUCUGCCAUAAAUAUACAAUGCCGCUGGAGAGCCAUGUUAAGAAUGCGUCAAUAUCGCUCUAAAUAUGUUCAACUGGUGUCCUCCGUUCGGUUAGUGCAAAUUCGUUUUCGUGCCAAGCAUCAAAUGCUUCGUCAGCGUCAGCAAUAUCUUCAGCUUAAAAGGGCAGCAGUGGUACUACAACAACGUUGGCGUGCCCGUCAACUGAUGCGUAAAGAACGUAAAGAGUUUCUUCAACUUCAAACAGUCACCCUAAAUAUGCAGCGACGAUUCCGUGCCACUAAAGCAAUGCGUUUCAUGCGAGCUAAAUAUCGCGGCACUCGAGCAGCAGUCAAUUGUCUUCAAAUGCAUUGGCGAGGACAUCUGAUGAGACAGCGUGAGCGAGGUCAUUUCCUAGCAUUGCGAAAAGCUGCCAUCACCUUGCAGCGCCACUAUCGCGCUCGUCUAGCCAUGCUCAGGCAGAGAAAGUCCUAUGAACUUCUACGCCAUACAGUGAUCCAGAUGCAGGCACGUUAUCGAGCCAAGUUGAAAAUGAGGCAACAACGUUGCUUAUAUCAGAAGCAACGCGAGUUGAUCAUAUAUGUCCAGCAACGUUUUAGUGCCACCAUAAAGAUGAGAAAGCAGCGUUUCAUUUACCAAAGCCAGCAGAAAGCUGUCACUCGUCUGCAGGAUUGGUGGCGUGGCUUACGGGAGAUGAAACGAUUGCGUCUUGAUUUUAAACGCCUGCAACAGGCCACUUUGACAGUACAAAAGAGGUGGCGUGCCAUCCUGGAGGGUCGUCGGCAGCGUGUCAUAUAUAUGGCAACUGUUAACAAGCUUCGUCUACUGCAGUGCCGGGUACGUGCCACUCUGUUGAUGCGUCGGCAACGUCAGCAAUUCCAGCGACAACGUCUGGCUGCCAUAACACUUCAGCGUCGUUUCCGUGCCCGCCAGUUAAUGAUUAAGGAGCGCAAUGAUUAUGUGCAGCUAAAGCGCGGUGUCCUUUUAGUGCAGCGUAAAUUUCAGGCCACACGCCUAAUGCGCCAGGAGCGCCAACAAUUUGUGCACUUACGAGGCAUAGUUAUACACAUACAGCAGAAGUUCCGCGGUGGUCGGUUAAUGCUGGAGCAGCGUAAACAUUUCCAACUACUCCGCAGCUCUACGUUGAUCUUUCAGGCCAGCGUGCGUGGUUAUUUGGCUCGUAAACGCUUCCAGAAAUUGAUGACACCUGAGAUGAUGGAGGAGAUUCGUCGAAAGCGGGCAGCAAGAACUAUACAAAGAUAUUGGCGUGGAUAUUGUGCUCGGCGCAAGCACGGCAAGAAACUGGUUGAUAUUCGCAAGCGUCUACAACAACUGCGCCGCGAGGCUUUAGUUGCCAAUUCGGUACGCUGCCGUGUGGAGGACUCUGUUCGUUUUCUACGUGGUCGUUUUAUAGCCUCCGAUGCCCUGGCUGUGCUCACUAGAUUAGAUAAUCUCUCACGUCAUGUGCCACAUUUACUAAUGUGGUGUUCGGAAUUUAUGGCAACAUUCUGUUAUGGCAUUAUGGCCCAAGCCAUACGCUCGGAGGUGGAUAAAUUGCUAAUCGAGCGUUGCAGUCGUAUUAUCCUUAACCUUGCCCGCUACAAUAGCACCACGGUCAACACAUUUCAAGAGGGCGGUCUGGUGACUGUCGCCCAAAUGUUGCUGCGUUGGUGUGACAAGGAUUGUGAGAUAUUUAACACCUUAUGCACUCUCAUUUGGGUGUUUGCCCACUGCCCAAGAAAGCGUCGCAUUAUUCAUAACUAUAUGAAUAAUACAGACGCCAUAUAUAUGAUACGCGAAACCAAGAAGCUUGUGGCUCGCAAAGAGAAAAUGAAGGAAAAUACACGAAAAUAUCAGCCACAAUCGUCGUCGCUCGGACGUCAUCCUAAUCGACAGGCUCGAACAUUUCAGCCAUGCGCCUUGCCCAGUCGGGAACCAGAUUUUGGUGUAAUACGCUCCAGUCCUUAUGUAUUCCAGUCGUCGGUCUUUGCGUUCGACACCAUUCUACUUAAGUUGGGUAUAGACAUGUGUUAGUUAUUGUUUAAAUGUAUGUCUAUUUCAAAUUGUUUUUACUGUAUUAUGCUCUCGUGUUGAAAUGUUAAGUCUAGACUGAUUGAGUGAUUAAUUUUAAGAAAAAGACUUAUUAAAGAAAAUAAAUAAAUGAA